AUGUUUGUAGAGGGAAAGAAGACUCCGUUGGAAUGUGAUUGUGUGAUUGGGAGGACACAUGGGCUCCCAUGCAGUUGUCGAAUCAACUCCUUUAAAGGAGCGGGAGACCAUUUUCAGAUAACACACUUGGCACCAUUCUGGUCUACUUUGGACUAUGCUAACCCUCAUGAUGCAAGACGGUUCGAAGACAAUGACGCCAAUGAUCUUCAGAUUUUUCAUGAUCUAGUGGCUGAGGUGUGUAGACGUGGUCCAUCUGCAGUUCGAGCAGCCAAGGUCGCAUUAAUGAGUUAG